AUGCCAAAAAGAGGGGGAGAAAAGCGAGGAAAUAAAAGCAGAGGCGCCCACGAGGAGGCCGAGAAUGUGGUGCCUUUGGACGAGGACUUUUCCACUGACGAGUCGUCUGCAGAGCAGUACAAAACUCUAGCCACGCCGCAGAAAAUGGAUCUGCAGAUGGAGACAGCGUACAAAAUACACGAAAAAAUACAGCUGGACUGGCCAUCGCUUACUGUAUGCAUGCAGGAGGAGGAGGGAAGAGUGCUCAUUGAGCAGGCACUCCCAGGCGACGCGCCCGCCAUUCUGGACCUGGAGGUAAAAAUGGCGCAUGGCAGCAAGAAGAGGCUGGUGAGCCCUGUAAAAAAGAAGGCCGUGCCCUUCCAGGCCAACAGAAUACGCGCCGGAAAUGGGCAGAUAUACGCAAUAACAGACAAGUCCAUACAUGGAUAUACAGCUGACCUGAAAAGCACUUUCAGCAGGGAGAUAGCCGGCGGAUAUGGGCUCACCCUUUGCAGGUCUUCGCUGUUCUAUGGCAACGGAACUAUGCUCGCGUGCCAGCCAGGCGCCGACGAGAGACAGCUGGCACAUGUAGAGCUGGGGAACGGCGAAAUAUUCUCGGCGGCUGCAAUUUCCGAACGCGAGGCGUUUGCGGGCACCCGGUCGGUUGAUCUGGUUGACUUCCGAAGCGGGAGCGCCAAAAGGUACAUGCAGCUCUCCUGCGACGUCAAUUCUAUUGCAUACAACGGAGAAAAUCUAAUAGUUGUGGGAGACGACGCAGGCAUUCUGCGCCUACUGGACGCUCGGAGCGAGGGCGUGGUUGAAGAAAUAGAGUUCCACCAGUCCCCGGUCAGCCACGUGCAGUUUGGGUCAAGAGAGACCUUUGCUUCGGCAUCCAGCUGCGAGAUUGCCAUGUGGGACAUGACAUAUGAAGAAACAGAAGGAUGGGACUACCACAAAUACCUGAGCUUUGUCCACCAAGGAGAAGCCUACUACAAAGACUUUGAGUUUAUAAACGAAGACAUAAUAAUAAGCACGUCUGAAAAUGGCCUGUGCAUAUUUAGCCCCCAGACGCAAAUAGAAGAGCCCAGCCAUGUGGAGUAG